AUGGAGUGGAAGAUCUUGGUUUUUUUGUCGCUGAUCCUUUGCGUUCAGACCACUUACGCCGCCAAAUACUUCAUGGCGUUUGGAGAUUCGCUGUCCGACACGGGAAACUUGCAGAGCAUGUCGGGCGGGGUGGUGAAGCUCCCGUAUGGCAUGACGUACUUCAAAAAGGCCACGGGGAGGUUCUCCGACGGGAGGCUAUGGCUAGAUUUCGCCAUGGACAACUUUGGCACGCAGUUCUUGCCACCCUACGACGACGGGAGCAACAAGAAUCUAGACUAUACCAAGGGCGUCAACUUCGCCAUCGCCGGCGCCACCGCGAACGAGGACUUCGCGAGCCCAACGCUCCCCAGCGGCAUCAGCCUGGAUCACCAGAUCGACAGCUUCGUCAACUUCAAGAAGGACUGCUCCUCCUCGCACGCCACCUCGCACUUCCCCUCGACUGGCACGGUGGAAUCCGGCGUCGCGAUCAUACUCAUCGGCGGCAACGACAUCAACUACAUGAUCAUCGGCGGCUCCUCUCCGAGCGCCAUCGUGGCCAAGAUCCCCGACGUGAUCGGCUCCAUCGAGGACGGGAUCAACCGUCUCGCCAAGGAGGGGAUCAAGAGCUUCCUGGUGAUGAAUCUCCCGCCGCAGGGGUGCCUGCCGCUCUACCUGCAGCAAAGUGUGGGAUCCAGUCCCAAGUACGAUGGAUUCGGCUGCCUCGAGGAGAUCAGCAAGGUGAGCAUGGAAUUCAACAAGGCGCUGAUGGCGAUGCUCGAGGGGAUCGAUGCCGGUGAGAACAUCGUGUAUGGGGAUGUGUUCGCGGCGGCGCUGACCAUGUACAAGAGCCCGGAGGACUACGGCUUUGAUCCGGCCAGCAAGCUGCAGGCGUGCUGUGGGUCGGGGUCGGGGACUUACAACUGCGACGCGAGCAAGCCCGGAUGCGGCUGCAGCACCUCCACGGUGUGCAAAUCCCUGUCGAAGCACAUGAACUGGGAUGGAGUUCAUUUCACGGAGAAGUUCUACCAGAAGAUCACGGACUUUGUGAUGAACCAGGGUUUCUACAUGGUGGUGAAAGGGUCGAGCUUCUUUUGA